UUCCCUAAGUACGAUACUUCUUACAGAGUGUAUCAAGAUCUACACGACCAUCUUUGUGCUUGCCACAAUGUUGUUAUGGAAACUCAAACUCUACACUUCAAAAAUAUAGAAGAAUUCGAGUCCUGGGAAUCGGCUCAAGAGGAAGAUACACUCUCAAAGUUCAAAGAGGACAUAGAAAGAUAAUAGUGUUUAUUAUCUUUGCCAUCGGCUGGGAAAGAUGUUACUUUCCAAAAAACGAACUCUGGACACCAUAAAAAUAUCGGGUAUCUUCAACUUACUAAAGAUGACAGAAUUAUGCUAGCUGGUCGGAUAAAAACUGGAAUACCUUUUGAUCGAAUUAUCAAGGAUGUGACAGACUUGACCAAGACUAAAAAAAAUCACACGUCUUCAGAUUGUUCUGACUGUCCUGUUCUAUAUUAAAAGCAGCAAGAUCAUCGCGAUUCAUGGUAGUUAUAAUGUCAGAGUAUCAACAAAAAGAACUUAUCAAAUUCGCGACGCAUAAGGUGUGUAUUGAUAGUACGCAUGGUACCAUGCAGUACGAUUUCCAAUUAACAACAAUCAUGAGCGUCGAUGAAUAUGGUAAAGGAGUACAUAUAGCUGAGUGCAUCAGCGACAGAGUUGAUUCAGUGGUAAUGGCAGAAUUUUUUGAGGCUGCAGCACAAAAGGUUGGCAAGAUAGCUACCAAAAAUCUAAUGACUGAUGAUGCUUCAGUAUAUGUCAACGCUUGGUCACAAGUGAUGGGUCAACCUGAUAAUCAUCUGAUUUGCGCUUGGCACGUGGAACGAAACUGGACACAUAAUAUGUAUAUAUGAAAUAAAACAUCCAGCGAAAGGAGAGGAGGUGUUGAACAAAUGUCGGAUAUUAAUGAAAAUGACAGACGAGAAUGAAUUCAAGGACCAUCUUCAAAAUUUCCUGAACGAUUGCCGCUAUGACUCAAGCAAAAGAGAAUUUAGUGAAUACUUUAGACGGCACUAUGCAAAUCGUCCAGAGAAAUGGGUAUACUGCUAUCGUUUAAGGGUGCGUUUAAAUACAAAUAUGUUCCUGGAAGCGUUCAACAAAAAAUUAAAAUAUUGCUACGUGAAGGGUAAAAAGAACAGAAUGGGUGGAUAUGAUUGUCGCGCGU